CUUCAUAAGCACCGCUAUUCCGCCCACGUGUCUCCCGCGUUUCCUUGCACGUUCUUUGUACUGUUUCAUUCCACCCGCUUUGAGCUUGAUUUUUGACCCUUGCAUCGUCGCACGGACCACCACCAGCCUUAAGUUAAUCGACAAACUAGAAGUCGAGUACUAGUAGAUAAACUUUCCCCCGCCGGAGCCCCACGUCGACAAUUCCACGCACGCAACGACAAUCACCACCACCACGCCGCCAGUGCUCACGAUGUCGUCCUCAAUCCCCGGGCCCCGGGACCUCCCCGUCUCCCGCCACGACCUGAGCACCUACUGGGGCCGCGUCAAGCACAGCGCGGACCUCUGCGAUCCACGCACGCUCUUCACCUCGUCAUCCACGCUCACAGCGUCGCAAUCGUCGCUCUCGGCGUACAAGCACGGCGCGCUCCCCUCCAUGACGCCUUCGCUCUGGAGCGCAAAGAAAGUCUGCGACGCUACCUUGCACCCGGACACGGGGACGCCGGUCUUCCUGCCGUUCCGCAUGAGCGCCUUCAUCUUUAGUAACCUGGUGGUCACCGCGGGAAUGCUGCAGCCCGGACUCACCACGCGCGGCGUCAUCGCUUGGCAGAUCACAAAUCAGACGCUUAACGUUUGCAUCAACUCUGCAAACGCCAAUAAGUCCUCCCCGCUGUCGAUGACGCAGCUAGGGACGAGCUUUGUACUCGCGGUUAGCGCGAGUUGUGGUGUCGCUGUGGGGCUGGGGAAGUUGGUUGCGAAUUUGAAGGUCGCCGAUGUCGUUGAUGGGAGGAAGGUCGGCCGUGGGGUCACCCCCGGGAUGAAAAUGGUGCUCGGAAGGCUGGUGCCGUUCGCGGCGGUGGUGUCGGCCGGUAUCGUCAAUGUGGGGUUGAUGCGCGGGGGCGAGAUCGCGGCGGGGAUAGAUGUGUUCCCGUUGAAGAAGGCGCACGCGGACGACGACAAGAGCGACGGAGGACCGGCCGAGAGCUUGGGUAAGAGCAGGAAGGCGGCGAUUCUGGCGGUCGGCGAGACCGCGGUCAGCAGGGUGCUCAAUGCUACACCUAUCAUGGUCAUUCCCCCGUUGCUCCUCAUGCGCUUGCAGAGGACAGAGUGGAUGAAGAGGAGGCCGGGCAUGGCGCUGCCGGUCAAUAUCGGUCUGAUCUUCGCCACCUCUAUCUUCGCGCUCCCCCUAGCUCUGGGAGCAUUCCCGCAACGCCAGGCCGUCAAGGCCGAUAGUCUCGAGCCCGAAUUCCACGGUCGCGGCGGCGUCGACAGCAAGGUCGAGUUCAACCGCGGCAUUUAGAUACCAUAUCAUACCUACAUACCGGUGCUGUUGUUUGCGGUGCUUGCUUGGGUCAGUGGAAGUGGACAUAGAAUUAGAGUUAGAUAUCCGGAUGGCGUGGUGUGGCGGGGUGGGGCGGGGCGGGG